AUGGACGCGGCGCUCCGGAAGGAGGUCGCCCAACUUGCGAAAGGCGUACUGGCCGUACAGGGUCGAGAACUUGCCUUGGGCCGUGGGAGGCGGGUGCGUGUAGAAGCGCACAGGCAGGUGAUUUUCGAUGUACUGGUGCGGCACGCCGCCCGAGUCGUAUCCGUGAACCAUGUUGUACGUCACGGGAAGUCCGUUCGGGUAGAACGCGGCGAACGCUGCCUGAGUUCCAAGAGGCUGGCUGGAAGCGUAGUUCUUUGGGACGCCGGCGGCGUCGAGCACCACGUGAGGAGCCUCCAAGGACAUGUACGAGCCGGUGGUUCUAAAGGCGGAGCCACCUCCGCUAUUCGCAGGGUGAUCGAUGGGCGUGUCGUCGGUCUGACAGUUGUUAGCGUUGAUAGCUGUGUCGACGGGGAGGGUACAAACCGUGUCCUGAAGCUCGAGAUAGCUAAUGAUCUCGAAUAUUUGAGGACAAUAAUAAUCGUCACUCUUGGCAGGUCUCUACUGAAACAGUAG